GGAAUGGACAGUUGGCCCUGGCCUGGGAAGGCCUUGUGCAAUGGCAGUCCCUUAUGGCUGUGCUGGAGCUCUCAGGGCAGUGUUUGCUACACCUUCCUUCUGCUUCUCAGCUCCCAAGGAAACACCUGCCUGAGCUGCGAAAGCUGAGUUACAUUGGCCUGCAGAAAGAAGACGCCCUGCUGGCAGACUUGGAGUCCACGACCUCCCACAUCUCCAAACGGCCUGUGUUCUUGUCUGAGGAGACCCCCUACUCGUACCCAACAGGAAACCACACAUACCAGGAGAUUGCCGUGCCACCCCCUGUCCCUCCACCCCCGUCCAGCGAGGCCCUCAAUGGCACGGUCCUUGACCCCUUAGACCAGUGGCAGCCCAGCACCUCCCGAUUCAUCCACCAGCAGCCUCCAUCCCCGUCCCCUGUGUACGGCUCCAGUGCUAAAACUUCCAGUGCCUCCAACCCCCAGGACGGCGUCGGCCUUCCGUGUCCCCGAGCUGGCGAGGAAGAGCACGUGUACAGCUUCCCCAACAAGCAGAAGUCGGCCGAGCCUUCACCCACUGUCAUGAGCUCCUCCUUGGGCAGCAACCUUUCUGAACUCGACCGCCUGCUGCUGGAGCUGAACGCCGUGCAGCAUAACCCCCCAGGCUACCCUGCAGAUGAGGCCAACUCAAGCCCCCCACUGCCUGGUGCUCUGAGCCCCCACUACGGCAUCCCGGAGAAUAACAGCCCGUUGGGGGGCAAAGCUGGGCCACUGACCAAAGAGAAGCCCAAGCGGAACGGAGGCCGGGGCCUGGAGGACGUGCGGCCCAGCGUGGAGAGUCUCUUGGAUGAGCUGGAGAGCUCCGUGCCCAGCCCCGUCCCCGCCAUCACUGUGAACCAGGGCGAGAUGAGCAGCCCCCAGCGAGUCACCUCCAGCCAGCAGCAGACACGCAUCUCCGCCUCUUCUGCCACCAGGGAGCUGGAUGAGCUGAUGGCCUCGCUGUCGGAUUUUAAGACCAGCUCCUCUGCUGUGGCCUUGAGCUCCCCAAGGCUGCUGCCCAGCUCAGCUCCAUCCCCACACCACAUACUUUCUCCUCCUCCUCCUGGGCCCUAUGUAUUCCUGCCACCCCCUAGGAAACCCUCCCCUCGAGGCCACGGCCACACCCUGGAGGUCCUCUGCCCUGAGGACAAUGUGACCCCCAGCUGGCUUGAUUUGACUGGCCUUGGGGAGAUGCCUGACACCCCCAACUCAAGGUCUCCCUCCACGGAGAGUUCUCUGGGGCCACCGGGUGCAGAGAGCCAGGCUCGUGUUUGGAGGGACCCACCAAACGCGAGCCUGGUGAGUGAGCUCUCCAGGGUGCCUCCCGGCCACACUCUACCCCACGCUGGGUGCACAGGUUCCCAGGAGGCUGGGGAACCCCAAGUGCUGUCAGCCAACCCUUUGUGCCCAGGAGAGGCUGUGGCUGCCACAUGGGAGUGGCCGUGGGCUCUGGAGGCGCUUAGGCCUGAGUGCCCCCGGGGAGCUACGCCCAGCUUCCAGGAAGUAAUCGAGCCAGCUGCCAUGGCCGUGGACCGUCAGGCUAUCUUACCGGAUACCUGGAGUCUCACGAAGGCACGUGGACAGCAGAAGGAGAGGGCAAGGCCAGAGCCAGGGGAGCCAGAGAGCAGAUGCCAUGCCCCAGUUGAGGAGGGCUUCUCCCCAGUUGGAGAGACGGCCACGGGGGGCAGCCUGGUCAGGCCAGCCCAGAGACCCGAGACCCCCAGGAGGCCAGAGGGCACCACCGAAGCCGCUGCAGAGGCCAGGAGGGAACGGCCAGAACUUCCACAGGCUGUGGUCAUGGACACACCCAACACCACGGAGAGGAUUUCCACCUCUGGCCAGGCAGGCAUCCGCUCCAUGAUCAGAAGGAGCCGGGAGACCGGCCACGCUCACCCCAUGUCCCGGGAGCCCUCCCCUCGUCGCCGGCUGGACCCUGCCACCCUGAGCAGGACCCCGUCCCAGGAGCGGCUCAUCGCGGAGCUGCAGGGUCGGCUGGGCAUCCAGCCAGAGGUGGAGGAGGCCGAGGGGGCCGCGGGGGCCUCUGCCCAGGACUGGCUGACCGAGGGCGUCAUCACUGUGCAGCCGUGUGGGAGGCGGGCUAGGGGGCAGCUGGUAGAGAAGGUAGUGAGUAGCUGCCCAGGGCUGGGCCAGGGCGGAGGUCCUCCAGUUCUUCCCCAGCAGCGGCCAGAGGGGAAGUUUGGCAUGUGGCGGGGGGGUUCUGCAUCCCGUGGCCUUGUGAGGCCAGCCUCACUCUUGGUGUCAGAGUGGGAGGGCCCCAGGGAGCCCCUACUUGCUGAGCUGAUGUUUCCUCCGCCGUUGCCUUCAUCUCUGUCCCUCUCUUCUUCCUCCCAGGUUGUCUUCCCUCCUGGCUCUCCCAUUCCCCUGAGAAGAACCUUCUCUGUUCUGCCUUCUCCUUCUCCUCCCAGCCCUUUGCUCCAGCAUCGCAAAGACGCCUCGGCCAGCAGCUCUUCUCCCCGGCCCAGCCCGCCCACCUCCUCCACCCUGGGGCCCUCGGCUCUUCCUCGAGGUCCCCCCGGGGUCCAGAGUGCUGGGGCGGGGCCACGGGAAGACAGUGUGCAGGACCCCACCCCGCCCACUCCUGCGCCCCACUCUGUGAGGUCCAUGGGCUGCCAGACCGACGAGGACCCACUCUUCCCCCCGAUGCAGAUCCAGGGCCUGGAACAAAGAGCGGACGGAGAGCUGUGCUGGGCGGCCGGCUGGCCUCCGAACGGCAGCCAGAGCAGCCCUGAAGGGCAGGACGAGGGAGGGUUCAUGGCCCAGGGGAAGACAGGGAGCAGCUCUCCCCCGGGAGGGCCCCCAAAGCCUGGGAGCCAGCUUGACAGCAUGCUGGGGAGCCUGCAGUCUGACCUGAACAAACUGGGGGUCGCCACGGUCGCCAAGGGGGUCUGCGGGGCCUGCAAGAAACCCAUCGCGGGGCAGGUCGUGACCGCCAUGGGGAAGACGUGGCACCCAGAGCACUUUGUCUGCACCCACUGCCAGGAGGAGAUCGGAUCCCGGAACUUCUUUGAGCGGGAUGGACAGCCCUACUGUGAAAAGGACUAUCACAACCUCUUCUCUCCACGCUGCUACUAUUGCAACGGGCCCAUCCUGGAUAAAGUGGUGACAGCCCUUGACCGGACGUGGCACCCCGAGCACUUCUUCUGUGCCCAGUGUGGAGCCUUCUUUGGGCCUGAAGGGUUCCACGAGAAAGACGGCAAGGCCUACUGCCGGAAGGAUUACUUUGACAUGUUCGCCCCCAAGUGUGGCGGCUGUGCCCGAGCCAUCCUGGAGAACUACAUCUCGGCCCUUAACACCCUGUGGCAUCCUGAGUGCUUUGUGUGUCGGGAAUGCUUCACACCAUUUGUCAACGGCAGCUUCUUCGAGCACGACGGGCAGCCCUACUGUGAGGUGCACUACCACGAGCGGCGGGGCUCGCUGUGCUCCGGCUGCCAGAAGCCCAUCACGGGCCGCUGCAUCACCGCCAUGGCCAAGAAGUUCCACCCGGAGCACUUUGUCUGUGCCUUCUGCCUCAAGCAGCUCAACAAGGGCACCUUCAAGGAGCAGAACGACAAGCCUUACUGUCAGAACUGCUUCGUCAAGCUCUUCUGCUAGGCGCGCUCAUCCCUUCCUCUGCCCCGCUUCCCGGCCCAGGCUCCCAACUGCUACUGUGACCCAGAGGCCUCGCUUAGGGGUGAAGGGUCAAACCCGACUGAAACUGGAACCACGUCCUUGGCUGGUGCAGGAUGGCAAGAGGGUCCUGAGGGCUCCCGCCUGCUUUUCUUACCCCCUGCCAGAGCCUCUGGGCCUCCUUCCUCCUCCUGCAGCUCCCCCCAGGCUGCCAGCUCUUCACCCUCCCCAGAGGCAGAGGCUGGAGGGCUCCACCUGUGUCCCCACGAACCCGCCUGGCCAGUCCAGCACCCCACACUGGAGCCAUCUUACUCAUAUUUCGGCAGUGGAGCUGGGGGUGGGGGUGGGGAGGGCAGGCAGGGUCACAUGGGGGCCUCUUUUCAUCCAUAUCCCCCCCCCACAACCUAAUUAUCCUUGUUUUGAGAGUAUUGGGGGGACAGCAGCUCCCUCCAGACAAUGCCAGCAUCCACCCAUCCAUCCAUCCAAGGGCGGAAGUGUCCAAGGGGCCACGGAAGAUUCCUUGUGCGCCUCCUGCCCUUCCAGUCUCCCCAGGCCUGGGCAGCUGCCCUCCGACCCCUGUAACUUCUCUGGUUCUACUGAGAAUGGCCUCUCCAGCAAUAAUGUUUUAUAAUCACUUCCUCCUUCUCCGGGGAUGGUGUGAGGUGGGGUUUCACCCCGUGCCUGGACACUGUACCAACUUUGAUAGAUUUCUACACUGAGGUUUGAAUUCAUAUCGUCUGAGUUGCUUUUACUUCUCUAUACAAAAAUGAUUUUGAAGAGAUUUUAAAGACGUCUCCUUUUGUACCUUUCCCCCGUGUGCACUGCCACUGUCCUGUGUAUGCCACGGUGGCUCUGGUAUAUGGGGUUUGCCUUGUACUGAGGGCUUGGAGGGGGUGAAGCAAUUUGUAUUUUAUUUUUUCUUAGCACAAGCAGGUGAACUGGGAGCAGCUCUGUGACUGCCCUUCUUUAACUUCACAGCUCACAAGGACUGUUUUUUAUAAACUGCUGUAUUUUGAAACCCCUUCCUUACUAUCCAGGCCAGCAAGCUCUUCACUGAAACCGGCCUUAAGGGUGUCUUGCCCUUUGGGGCCUAGAAUUCCGAACCUCAUCCGUCCUGUUCCUGAGGGAGGAGAAGGGGGAAGUACACUUUGGGGGUGCUGUUUCCUAAGUAAUCCAUUAGGAGUGUCCACUCCCCUGUGAACUUUCUGGCAACAAAGAGAACAUUCUCGGCCUUCUCACUGCUUCUCUGGGGCUCUUCUGCCUCCUCAGGAAAGCUGGUGUCUGAUUUUGACCAUUAGUCUUGUUGAUUCCACUGGGUGCAUCCCUUCCCCAAAUUUCCUGCCCUCCCUGGAGACUGGUGUCCUGGGGAGAAGAGCCCAGGUCGUUGGCUGGGGGCCUGCUAGGAUUCUCAGCAAAAGGACAAGAUCUCGCUGAAGCAACAGGAAGCCCCCAGAGUGUUCUCCCCCAAGGAUGAGAUAGGUAGGGCUGGGGUUCUGGGUUAGUGGAACGGGGUCCCAGUGUGGUCUAAAGUGAGGAAGAGCCAGACCACUUCGCUAGCCUCCUAGCAGAGGCUGGGUGUGCUGAGCCUCUCAAGGAGGCUUCCCAGGGAGGGAAGAGGGUCCCUCCUUGGUGGCAGGGCUGAGAGCAGCCCGGGUCUGGGGAGGUCAGCCAGACCCCGCCACGGGUCUGAUGUCUCCACGUCUACCCACAGGCCUUAUUGCUCUGUUUACAGUGACCCCUCCCCUAGAGGACCUGGGGUUUCAGAGGUCCACCCUCUGGGUCAAUGGUUAUUUGAUGAUUUGAUUUUAAUUUUUUUUCUCUGUAAACUUAUAACCUGGCUUUUCCCCAUUUCAAUUCCUGUGAUUUAUGCCAAUAAAGUUUGCCAUUAUUUUCA